GCAUAUUUAAGUGGUAAAGUUACACUUGUAUCAAUCAAAACAGGAGGAGAAAAGACAUUAUGUUAUAUAAUUUGUGUGCUGAUUUUUGAAGGAAUAACUAUAGUUAUUAUUCCAUUAAAAGCUUUGAUAGAAGAUCAAAAACGAGAAUUAAUACCAUGUGCUUCAAUUUAUGCAAACACAAUACAAGGCAGAAGUGAACAAGAAAAAAUAUUUGAAAAAAUUGCUCUUAGUUUUACAAAAAUAUUAUUUAUCACUCCUGAGAAACUGUCUAAAUCGAAAAUUUCAAAUUUUAUUAGUAAUAUGUAUAAUAAAGCAAAAGUUCACAUUGUGAUUGAUGAAGCUCAUUGUAUUUUAGAUUAUGGGUGUGAUGAUCUUUUUGCAAUAUUGCAACCACUAUUAUCAGAUGAGCAGCAUCGGAUUAUCAUAUUGUAUUGGAAAGAUGGUAAAAUUCAAAUAAUGAUUGGAACAAAUGCAUUUGAUAUGGGUAUUAAUUCUUCUGAUAUUUCUAGUAAUACAUUGCAUAGCUUCUUUAAAUAUGA